CCUUUUUCUCCUCCCAGGUGCUGUGCUCUCUUUUCCUUGCCAUGACUCCUGCCAAGCAUGGUGCCAGAUCAUCAACGUGUCUGAAUCACGCUCUUCUCUCCUUGCCUCUAUGGACGGGACUCUCAAUGAAACGCUCCAGAGCAUUUCCACUCCUGCUGGAAGCAAAUACCGGCUCUACAUUGGCUUGGCUUUGGCAAUAGGUUCCAGUAUCUUUAUUGGUGCUAGUUUCAUACUGAAGAAGAAAGGGCUUUUGAAACUGACAGACAAAGGAGUCCCCCGAGCUGGACAGGGUGGAUAUUCUUAUUUGAAGGAAUGGCUUUGGUGGGCUGGACUGCUUUCAAUGGGAUUAGGAGAAGCUGCAAAUUUUGCUGCCUAUGCCUUUGCACCUGCAACCUUAGUUACCCCCUUGGGUGCACUGAGUGUUCUCAUAAGUGCUAUAUUGUCAUCCUAUUUUUUAAAUGAGAAGCUGAAUAUUCAUGGAAAGCUGGGCUGUGUACUGAGCAUUUUGGGGUCAACAGUCAUGGUUAUUCACGCCCCUGAGGAGGAGGAGGUCACCUCACUAGAUGAGAUGGAAAGAAAGCUGCAAGAUCCAGUGUUUGUUACGUUUGCUGUUCUCCUGACAGUUGUUGCCCUCGUGCUGAUAUUUAUUGUGGCUCCAAGGAGAGGUCAGACAAAUAUACUGAUCUACAUUUUAAUUUGCUCACUCAUUGGUGCCUUCUCCGUCUCAUCUGUGAAAGGCCUGGGCAUUGCCAUCAAACAAAUGUUGGAGCAGAAACCAGUUUAUCGACAUCCAUUGGUUUAUGUUUUGGUGGGCAUCUUAGUGCUCUCAGUCAGCACUCAGAUCAACUAUCUCAACAAAGCAUUGGACGUGUUCAAUACAUCUCUAGUGACACCUAUUUAUUACGUGUGUUUCACCACAACAGUUGCGACAUGCUCCAUCAUCCUGUUCAAGGAGUGGAGUAGUCUGGACCUGGGUGAUAUCAUUGGAACCCUGAGUGGAUUCUGCAGUAUCAUCAUUGGCAUUUUUCUAUUGCACGCUUUCAAAAAUACUAAUAUCACCUGGAGUCAGUUGAUGUCCACUGUUGCCAAAGAACCAUCAUUACCACACCGUGAAUAUGAAACCUGUCACACUUUACUGGAGAGCAUGGAAGACCCAGCUUUGGCAUAUGAGGAGGACAACAUUUUAUUCAGUCAAUGAAACUCUCAAGCGGCAUUCAUCAUUGAAGUACCAUGAAUUGCAGACUCAGCCCACCUGUGUCUACCAGAAUGCUGCUCUUUUCUGCAAUCCUCUGGAAAACUAUCUGUAAGGCCAGUUAAGUGUGGGCCACUCCUCUGUGUGCCAGCUGUUGCUACCAAGUAAUGAAUGGAAGUGUUCAAUAAUUUACAUGACAAACAGAAAAGUGAUUGUAUGUUAAGUAAUGAAAAACCUUGUCUUUUUUUAUGCAGCAUCUCCUCUUGGAGAAUUUUAGCAGAGAAGAGUGGUCUUUGUAAGCUAUGUUUAUAAAGUGCAAUUUUCCCAUCAUGAUAAAAGACAAUCCUUGUUGAAGUGACAAGCACUCUGCUAUUAUCUUAGUGAUGGCCUUAAUAUUUCAGGCUUUCUUUAUAUUUUCAUAAUUUAUUGCCAAGCAAACUUGUAGAUACUCUACAUGAAGGAUAUUCAUUGGAGAUAUAAUAUGAAGAAAACAGUGUUUAACCCUUUUAGCUUUUAAAAUAAAAUUUUAUGCAAGAUCUAUUCACUUUUGAUCACCUACCAAUGAAUCUUGAAUAGAUGUCACCAAAAGAAUUUAUGAAAUAUGGUUCUUGGUAACCAGUCUCCUUCAAAAUCCAUUUUUUAACAGCAAAGUCUUAGUGCUUCUACCUGAGGAAUCCUGAGUGGAUUGCAAAUCCCUGAAUACGCAUGUACCUUUUUAUUUCAAAACUAUGACCAAGUUACAGUUUAAGAAAAAGCAGAUUCAUUAGAGGCCUGAAAACAGUUGCUGUUGGCUUAAAAAAUUACAUAAGAUGAAAGAAUAAAGCGUUCAAAGGCAGAAGAAAACCAGAAUGUGCAAUUAAGAAUUUCCACUCUGUUUUAUACUGCUCUGAGGCUUAAGAAGGGACUUCACUUCUUUCUGUACUUCUUCUUAAUAUUGCCAUCUAUUCAUCAAAACCCAUUUAAGCUUUUCAAAAUUUUUUCUCAUUUUCCAGAAAGGUAUCAUUGUUUCUUAAUUGCAAAACAGUCCUGUUAUUUUAUAUUCCGUUAUAAAAGCAAAAUCCAUUUUCCAAUUGUUGCGCUAUUUCUAAAAAUACUGGGUAAAGGCUGUAAAAAAGGACUGAGAAACACCAAACAUCUUUUGUUUUAGUUUGACCUUUUCAUCUUUUCUAAAAAUGAGUAUUCACCUCUAUUAGAUGUUUUAGCUAUUAAUCUACCGUAGGCCUUGAAGGUUAGGAUCUGUACAACAGUAUGCUCCUCAGUUGUGGUCACUGAUCUUUAUUUCACAAAAACAGCUUGCACAGUCCAUGUUUUACUCAUUACACUCCCCUUUGUUGCCACUUUGUGAGCAAGAAAGUAGUUUCAGCAAUCAGAUGUGUGGGUCAUGACGAGCUCGUCAGAAAGGUAGCAUUUCCAGUUCUUGGGUUUUUAAGUGUGAGUCCAGGACCUUUGCCAGAGGAUGCUAGCAUUUCAGCAAUUAAAAACUGAUUUUAAUCAGCUGAGAUUUAUAUGCCAAGCAGAACCUCCUCAUGAAGCAGGCUGUAUAUUCUCUAACAUUCAAAGAGUGUAGUAAAAGUGGACACUUUGGAUGGAUAGUGAAUUGUUCCAUGAACGAAAGCUCAUAAUUUAGCUGUGAGAACAAAAGGGUUGCUGCUGGUAUUUCAUAUAUGUUUGUAUUGGGCAAACUUUCAGAACUUCCUUUUUUGAAAGGCAUUCAUAAAACAUCUCACUUGUUAAUUAUUUUUAAUGAUGCUUUAGAAGCUAUCAAAAACUAGAAAUUAACACUAGUCAUACUAACUUGAAGUAAUUCCUAAAUUCCAAGCACCUUUUUUUUUUUCCCACUUAGUUAGGUUUGUAGUUGACAUACCUACAGGAAGAGGUAGAAGUUGUAUCAGUCACUUGCACCUUAUUUCUAAACCCUCAUUUUUACAAUGAAGAGCAUAUCUGAAAAAUGUGAUACUGAAGUGUGUCCGGUUCUUCUUAUAAAAUAUUGCAGGUAAUCUUGCCAAUUUAAAAAGAAGCCCAGAAGAUGUCAUUAGGCAAUGGGUAUUCAGGUUAUCACCUGUGAUUACCUCAUUUGAGAAGUACUUUCAAUAGUGCAGGAGAUGGCAGCAAUGUUACCCCAGCAAAAGAGUCAUUUUCACAGAAAACGUACUUGCCUUGAAAAUAUAAUGGCCACGUAUACAGCUUUGGAAUAUUUUUUCAGCUUCCCAAGUGAUGAGACUUGCAACAAUUCUUUGCUGUUAAAACACAUGUGUUAAAAAGUCUUCAGAGAAGAAAAUAUGUAAACAGGGUUUCAUUACUUCUUAGUUAAUGUAGAGAAUACUUUGGCUUUAUUGGCCAGAGUCAAGCUACAAAAUCUUUAUAGUUAAAAACAGGUAAUACAAAUAUUAAAAAGACUAAAAAUGGAGUUUUCUUUACAGUUUUCCCUUUAACAAAAGCUUGCAUUGCUUUUCACUUACUCAUACAAUUUAAAGAAUAACUGAAGAAAAUAUUGAUUGAGCCUAAAAAGAGAAAAAGAAAUCUUUUUGCAUAGUUUGUGGCCCCUCUGUUUGCUUAUACAGUCAUCACUGUAGUGUGACCAAAUGGGUUAUUUGUAUGAAAAAGCAACCAGUCCAAUUCUCGAAUGGAUGCAAGUUGGCAUUUUUUUAAGGUAUGUAGUAAUACUUUCUUUGCAAAGGGUCUGGACUCUUUUUAUACCAACUCCUGGCAGUCAGUUAACUUGUACCAAGCAAAAAUUCUGUAUUUUCUACUGGACCUACAUAUCUGCUUUUAUACAUAAAUAACAUCUAGUGUAAAAAUAAUGUUAUUUUCUUACAAUGUCAGAAAACCAAGUUAAUGCUUAUUUUCAUGGUGUACA